UUCUGUUUGGGCAUGACGUAACUACCGUAAAACAAUAUGGCGUCCUCGGAGAAAGAUGAUUGUCGAUGAGUCUAACCGGAUAGACCGCCGCCUCUCGUGAGGCAACGUUGUUGUCUGACGUAACGUUUUCGGUAAAAUACAUCAAUGUUGUAGGCGUUGGUGAGCGCGCCUGUUUAUCUUGAGCACGGACUUUCGGUUCGAGUCCAGUUGCUAGUCGGCGCUCAAGAUGGAUGGUGGAGAGUACGUCUCCCCAAUGGAGAACGUGGACCCGACUUUAGCCGAGUUAGUGGGAGAUGAACUCACACUGGGGGACUUCGAUGAGAUGCUCCAGUAUGUCAAGGGCGACUUCCCAGACCUGUUUGAGGAGCCGAUGGCCAUCUCUGGCUCUCUCAGCACCUCUCCUCGACCCGCCAAUCAAAACCCUCAGACUCCCCAAACAUCGACCCCAGUCGUCCCACAAUUCCCCAACGCCGGCCUCUCUGCCCCCCAGUCGCUGUCACCCAGGUCCGGGUCGCUCCCGCCUUCUCUCUCCCCUACUCAGACCCCUGCCACAGCAUCCACAGGGCAGCAGCAUGUGACCCGCAGCCCCCCGCCGCUCCAGCCACGACCCCCAGUGGUCCAACCCAUCCAACCCCAACCGAUGGCUCAGCCCACCAUCCAGGUGCAGACACACUCGAUCCCAAUGCAGACUCAGCGAUUCCCAGUACACACCCUGGUUCCAACAGCGAUCCCGAGACAAGCCACCCAAGCUGUGAUGGUUGCCUCCAACAGUGGCCAGUCCCGUUUUAUCCCAAACCCAGUCAUCUGCGCCCAAAGCCCUACUCCUGGUUUCCCAGUGCUCCAACCACAGGUACCGAGCAUCAUGAGCCCAGUGACGUUUCAGCAUCACCCCCUUCUGACACCCACUGGUCAAACCAUCCAGACUAUCUCCACGGCGCCCACUGCGAUCCAUGCUGUGCAGCAGCCUGUUCUGGUUCCACAGCCUCAAAUUCUAAAUACUGAUUCCCUUGUUUUGACGACAUUUAAACCAGAAUGUACUCAGGUACUCACAACCAUGCAACACCCAGCGGGGAUCACCACCUUUACCACAACCCCCCAGAACACGACACUGCAAGUCCCGUUAUACAGCUAUCAGUACCCUCAAAAGACUACGAUUCCUUUUAUGGUGGGAGGGGGAGAUAAGCUCACCCUUAAACAGGUACCAUCAGGCUGCGCCCAUAACACACAUGUCGCCAACGGAGAGCUGAGCCCGGUGACAGGAAGUCUGAUGUGCCAAGGAGGGGUGGUAAAAGAGGGUGAGAGGAGAACCACCCACAACAUUGUUGAAAAGAGGUACCGCUCGUCCAUCAAUGACAAGAUUGUGGAGCUCAGAAACUUGGUUGUGGGCAAUGAUGUUAAGAUGCAUAAGUCGGGAGUGUUGAGCAAAGCUAUUGACUACAUUAAGUACCUGAAACAGGUCAACCACAAACUCCGUCAGGAGAACCUGACCCUCAGGAUGGCCAACCAGAGGAACAAGCUAGUGACACUGUCCGAGGAUAUGGAGCCGAAAGAGGAAAUUCCGAUAAUGUCACCUCCGGCCUCUGACUCUGGCUCCCCCCUCCAGUACUCGCCAUUAUGUUUGGACUCUGAGCCUGGCACCCCAUUACUUGAUGACGAGCUGAUGAAGUGUGAGCCAGACUCUCCUUUCUCUGUCGGCGUGAUGGAUGGUUCUCGUCUGCUUCUCUGUGCCCUGACCUUCUUCUGUCUGUCCCUGAACCCACUACCCUCGCUGUUGGGCUCUGACACGUCUUCAAGCCAAAGUCUCUCUGCAGGGCAUGGGCCGUCAAGAACGCUUGUUUGGUUCCCGAGUCCCACACAGGACUUUGCCUCAUGGCUGCGCUGUAUGUUGCCGUGGCUGAUGGUUUGGGUCAUCAGUGGGCUGGGAGCAGUGUGGGGUUGUGUCCGUGUGCUGUACCUUUGGGAACCUGUCACGCCGCUUCACUCCCCGAAGUCGGUGUCCUUCUGGAGGCACCGCAAGCAAGCCGAUGCACACCUCAAGCGUGGGCACUAUGCUGCUGCAUUGCCUUGUUUAGAGACCUGUCUGUCCAUCUUAACCAGAGCUUUGCCCUCCACCAAACUGGAUCUGGUGUGCUCGUUGUCCUGGAACGUGAUUCGCUAUUGUUUGCAUCGCCCAACCCCGGUCGGCUGGCUGGUUCACCAAGUCGGAGGAAAACACGAAGGGGACGAGGCGAGGACGAGUGCAAAGGAUGCAGCACUGGUUUACCAUCGUCUGAGCCAACUGCAACUCACAGGAAAGGUGCCCGAGCGCAGUGGCUUGUGGGCCCUGUCUCUGUCUCUGAGCGCUGUGAACCUUAGCGAGAGCGCCCAAGGGAAGAUGGCUCCAGCCCAGCUCGCCGAGAUCAAUGUCACUGCAGCCACAGCCCUGCGUGCUGUACUGGGGCUCCAUUUCUCCUUCCUGCCCGGUUACUUAUUGAGCUGUGCAGAGAGCAUUGCCAGUCCAUCGGAAGCAAAGCAGAUCCCCCGCUGCCUGCGCUGGCUUUUCACACCAUUGGGCAGGCAGUUCUUCCUAAGCUGUGAUUGGUCGCUGAAGUCCGAGAGCAUCGAUGUGGUGUUUACGUCGCAGAGGGAAGACCCAGCCGACCCAAUGGCGCAGUUGCACCGCUGUUUCUGCAGAAAGCUGCUGGAGAGAGCCGUACACAGCCUCAUCCAGCCGCAGAAGGACUCUGAAGGAGGCGAGCACAGGACAAGCUCGGGGGAGUUUUCCAGUGCCCUGGAGUUCCUACAGCAAUUAAACAACUGUACAGAUGACUCUGCCUCUGCUCUUCCUCCUUUCUCAACUCCUCCCAGUCACACCAUCACGCCAGUGAGAGAUCCGGUGAGUCGUUGGUGGGCUUUAGUACUGAAGGCCGCUGUCUAUUGGCUUCAGGGUGAGGAUGCCACUGUGAGGUCACUGCUGGCAGAUACUGAGAGAAUGCCGGGGGCUCUGCAGACUGGAAAACACCCUCUGCCCAAAGCUGUACUGUUACUAUGCAAGUCAGUUCAGAAGAGUCUGUCGCCUCUGAAGGGAGACGGGACGCAAGCCUGCCUGUCCAGUUGUCACCAAGCCAGCAAUUGCCUACGCUCCAGCAUCUCUUUGCACCUCGGCCAGCCGGAGAGUUGUCUAGACCAGGCGAUGGAGCUCCUGGUGUGUGAUCUUCUGCUUACCUUGAGGACAAGUUUAUGGCAGCGAGGCAGCAGCACUCAUGGAGACCGUGGCCCAGCACCUGCAUCCCAGCUGGCAGGUUUUCAGAAUGACCUGAGUGCACUGAGAAAGCUCACACAGUCGUCCAGACAGGCGCAACAUAAGGUGUUCCUCCAUGAGACCACAGUGAGGCUGAUGGCCGGAGCCUGUCCCACAAGAACACACCAGCUGCUGGAUCACAACCUGCGACGUAGAACACAGGGCUCCUGCGCUGCAGAGGGCGAGAGGGAGCGUGCUCAUGCCAUCCUGCUGGCCUGCCGCCACCUGCCCAUACCUCUGUUGACCCCGCCAGGGCACCGCGCCCACCUGCUGGACGAGGCCAAGCGCACCCUGGAGCGGGUGGGAGAUCGCAGAUCCCUGCAGGAUUGUCAGCAGAUCCUGUUGCGCCUGAGCGGCGGCACGAGCAUUGCUGCAUCCUAAACACACACACACACACACACGCACACACACACACACACACACACACACACACACACACACAGUUGAACUCCUUCAUUUACAGCAUGUAAAUAAUAGGAGUCAAAUCAUGUGCAGCUGCUUGAAUGGCUCUGCUCUAGCACAGUGGCGCCACCCUUUGGUCAUCGGUGGUACAACACUAGCUGCUUUUUAAAAUAACAAGGGAAUAUCAGGUGAAGUGAUCUCCUCGGAGAUUAAAAAAGGGUGUGGUUUGAUAAAAAAAUAAAAAUUUGAAAUGAAUAAAUAGCUGUUGAUACCAAGCUGCAGGAUAAUCAGCGUGACUUUAUAAAGUCAAAAUCAGUUUGCAGGCUUUUGUUUUGAAGGACUGUACUCGGCAUAAACAGAGAGGCUCAGCGCAAAGUAGUGUCAUGUCUACCUCACACACAGUACAAUAUACUGUGGGGAAAAAUAACUUUAACUUGGAGGAUGUUAAAGGUGCAACGUUCUAUUAAUCUCUCUAAAGGGACUUUUCUUCUUUCUCUUCAAAAAGAGUGAAUGAUACUAAUUAGGGCCUGAGCAGCAAGGGCCCCAUUGUAAUUGUUGUUUUUUCCUCUAAACGUUUGAACGCAUUUUUGAGGCCCUUAACAUGCCCAGAAAGUCCCCGCAUUUUGCAGGCGCGUCAGGUAUGGUGAAAAGUUAAAAUACAAUUUCAAAAUUGGCUCUCUAGCGCCACCUUGUAAAUUUUUUUAAUUAGCCCCGCCUACCAGUUUUGCACUUUGGCACAAAAAUCGCAAUAGACGUCUAUCAUGAGGGGACGCACAUAAAAGUCUCAGAAACCCGUACCUGAAAACGAACAGGAAGUCGGCCAUCUUGGUUUUUGAUCUGCCGCUUUUCAAAGAAAAACUAGGGUCGUACUUCAACAAACUCCUCCUUGAGACUUAAAAUGACUACACACAUAGGUGAUGAUGAAUUGCGAACAAAUUUUGCCUACGCCAUAAGAUGUGGGCGUGGCAUGGCGCCAAACAUUGCUCCGAUAAUUUGCCACAAAACACGAAAAGUUAAUAACUCGGCUCCACGUAUUCGGAUCUUGAUCUUAUUUGGUAGACAUGAUGAUGAUGACACCCUGAAGUGCCCAAUGUUCCUACCGACUUGUAGUGGGUGGAGCCUUGUGGUGAAAACUGCCCUAGAAAUCACCAGUCUGUCAUUUCUGCACUUUAGCUGAUCAGAGACAGAUACUAAACUGAUGGGUAAAGAUAAAUUGCAAAAAAUAUUUUGCAAAUGCGAAAAAAGUCCCCACAUUUUACAGGCACGUCAGGUAUGGCGAAAAUGUUUAUAUUUUUGGGGUCCUUAAAAUGAAAUUUAAAAAUUCGCUCUCUGUCGCCCUUUUUAAGAUUAGGGGGGAAAAAAGCCACUUAUACCAGUUUCAAGUGUCAACACGAAAAUUGCAACAGACGUCCACAUGAUGGGACGCACAUAAAAGUCUCCAAAACCCAUACCUGAAAACGAACAGGAAAUCGGCCAUCUUGGUUUUCGUUUGCCAUUAUUCGGCGAAAAAAAGGGGUCAUACUUUAAUGAACUUUUCCUAGGAACUUUGGCCAAAUGAGUCAGGGUUACAAUUACAGACACUACACAUAGAGGUGGUGAUAAAUUUAAAACAAAUUUUUCCUACGCCAUAGUAUGUGGGCGUGGCACGGCACCAAACUUUGAUCUAAUAGUUCGCCACGAAACGUUAACUCGGUUUCACAAGUUCAGAUCUUGAUCCUUAUUGCUAAAAAUGAUAUUUUUGGUGGUGGGUCAGGGCAUCGGGAAGGACGUGACGACAAGCGUCACGUUUGCCGACCGACUCACGUGAACCCCCGCGGUGCAACAGGGGCGAUGGCCCGUUCAACGCUGCUCGCAGCUUUAAAAAUGUUAGGAGUGUUACUAAUGCCUACUUACUCACACAUACAGGACAUGUACACUUUUCUGAAUAUUAAUAGUCGGACUGUACAUAGGUAGAAAAUGCUAUAUUUUAAAGUAGAUUAACUACAUCUUUCAGAAAAUGCAACUAUGCUAUAUUUUAAAGUAGAUUAACCCCUUUAGGGAGACCCUUAUUGAGGACAAGCAGAGCAGUUUUAUACAUUUUACAUUUAAACCCCCAAGCAAAGUGGAAACAUAUUUGUUUUUGUUUUAUUACCAAUCAAAUCAAUUUCUUAUCACAAUUUAAAGUUGAUAUUAAAAAUAUUUCCAAUGUGGGAAUCCUCCUUUUUCUAUUGUAAAAUAGGUUUUAACUUUGUGGCCUAAAUGAGGAAUAAGUGUCACACUCUAUGUCAUCAUUCAAGCCUCUUAAUUGUAAACAAAAGUGGUUUUAUCAUAUUUUUAUUGGUAGUUUUUGUUUUGCCUCCCAACACAAGGCACUUCUGUCAUUCCUGUCUGAUUUUUCUGUCUUGUAUGUUAAAGGCUCCAGAAAGAUGUUCAAUAGUAGAGAACAUAGACGAGCAUUAGUUUGGGGUUGCCCUUUUAUGAGUCCAUCGCAAGUUAUUCCAUCUCUUGAUAGCAAACACAAGUAUGUGCUUUGAGAAACUUCCAGAAGAUUGUCCCACAGGUCAAAGCAAGCAGAUCAUUCUAUUCCUUGACGGUGCACAAAGGAAGAGAGCAAUGCUGGAUUAGACGUAGUUAAUUAGCGGGGUUAUCAUUCUUCUGUCGUGAUUAUGUCACAACUUUUGAUGUCCUCUCCACUUUGAGUAGUUUAUUUUUCCAAAUGUAUGUUUAUUUUAAUGUUGGUGCUUUUAUAUAAUAAAACAACACGUGAUGGUG